AUGGUGAGAACAACGCAAACAACCCAGUGCUUCUAUCCAUCAUCGCCCUCCAAAGCAGAACUAGCAGUUCUUGGGGCCGACCAAGCAGCCUCGCGAAACAAACAGUACCUUCGAACCAGAAACAUCCGCUUCGACGAGUCGUGGAGCAAUCUCCGGCUUCAGGAUGUGAAGAACCGCACUCAGAGGGGUUUGGUGCCGUACAUGAAAUGCACAAACCAGGAACUAGAGACAUUUUGCCAUCAGUGUGAUGAAACCCAGCCUGCAAAGGGCUCCGACGAAAGCAAAGAGGCGUACAGAGCUCGCACCAUCUACCAUCUCGAGCGUGCAGAUGACAACAUCAAGUUCGAGAGGUUCCUCGAUCUCCUACCGGAGCUGCGCAACAGUAUCUACGAGAUGACUCUCACAGUCACCGUAGCCUACCAAAGUGACGACAACGAGGAACCGCUCAUUGUCGACCCCAUGGCAUGCACUGAAGGGUCCACGGACUGGAAGGCGGCUCUCGCAACAAUGGCAGUGACUCGCACUUGCUCGCAGAUCUACAAAGAGGCGCUGCCUAUCUUCUACGCUAUCAACACCUUCAGCAUUGGCAAUGAUUUCGCGAUUUACGGUUACGGCGUGAACCGUAAACACAAGAGCGGCGAGCACUUCCGUGGUCGGGUGAAGAAGUGGUUGGACAGCGUUGUCAAUCGCAAUAUAGGUCACCUUCGCCAUUUGGUGUUUGAUCUGAGGAACAACAGCUGCUCAGCGCCCUAUGGUUAUUGUGUGAUGAGGGUAAAGUUGGACUUUGGAGCAGAAGACGUGGCCGUCAUGCAUAUGGCAUAUAUGAACAGACAAGUCUUCGUGCAAGGCUGCGAGACCUGCGCUGCUAAGGGCGUUGCUGUUGAGGAGAUUCAGGCGCUGUGCGAGAGCACAGAACACUCUCGACCAGCAACCAUCAACCAGCAACCAGCAACCUGCAACCUGAUCGUGUACCACCACCACCACAACAACAUCAACGACCACAGCCCCGUCACACACCUGGACAUGCUCCAAUUCCUCAGCCCUGUACCCAAUGACACCAUGAAGACUCGGAGUAGCACGCGCAGGUGUUCCGGCGAGGACUGGCUGUCCUACACCAUGGCCGACAGCUGGAAGAGCAUGUUCGACUUGCAAAAAGACAAGGUACUGCCUGACAACACCAUGCGCGACGAGGAAACCCCCAACGGAAUCGUAUCCUCCACGAACACAACUCCUCGGAGCACGCUGUUCGAGAGCCUGCCCUCCAACAGCACACAUGGCCAUACCACACCCGACGAGAACAGCCCCGGCGGCUUCUCGCCCGGCAAAGACCAUAGUACGCGCGACAGCAUCGACGUCGAGCCUAUGCCCAGUCAUACCCUUAUGUUCGACCCCGCCUUCCCCCACAACACAUGCUCCCCAACCACAACCGAAUCCAACUUCUUUGUCGCCGACGACUUGAUCUUGCCCAUCAUCACCACAUCGAUGGCGAGUGACCCCUUGUACUUGCUAUCGGAGCCGCUCAUGGAUUGGUCCAACCUGACACCGGCCGUCGCCGCCCCAAAUGAUACCGUCGAGAGUCAUUUCGACCAAUAUCCUCCCUGCACCCACGACGAGGCUUCCAUCCGCGCAACUAAACCCGGGUGCUCUGAACGACCGCAAGCCGCAUACGAUAACCCUUAUCAGCGAUCAGCCCAUCGCAUGGGUUUACCUAUACCGUCGCUGGACUUCAUGAAUAACAAUGACCCCAUUCAGCCCGUGGACUGCGGGACCAUCCACCCCUCCCGGACGGUGAAGACAGGCCCCGAACCAGCGGAGAAGCCAGCAGCGAGAAGACAAAACAGGCAGCAGAGCACUUCGUCGACGAAUACCGCCAGCAAUCAGCCGUCAUCCCAUAUAGACAAGCGGAAGACGCAACUGGAGCGUGACCGCAACAAGAAAGCAGCGGCCAAAUGCCGGAGAAAAGCCAAGGUCAGCGAGCACGAGCUGAAAGAGCGCGAUCGUGCCCUCUCGCAACAGAACCGCGUCCUGUUGGCCGGCAUCGACCAGCUCAAGGACGAAGUUCUCGGCCUGAAGCACGAGAUCCUGAGACAUACCGGAUGCAGCAGCCAAGUCAUCGAUGCCUACAUCGCCAAGGCGGCGCGGGACUUGAAAUGA